AUGAAACGUCUACGUUUGACGAAUAUUCUUCACGCAGUAGAAUUUUUUCCAUAUAGUCAUUUGAAUCCGACACAUUCUUCAUUAUCUCUUCAAUUAGAAAAUGGUUCAUUUUUAACAAGUGACACUUGUUUAGAUCACAUACAAUUGGAUGAUUUAGUUGCACCAACGCACGAUUGUUCCUGUUUUAAACUACCUCCAAUUCGAUUAAAAACACCGAAAUUACAUUAUCGUCAUAAAGAUAAUCAAUCUAGUGAAAAGUUGGACUCUGUUUUAUCCAGAUAUAGUUUACCAAAUAAUCAAAUUACAGUGAACACAACAAGCACAGGAAAAACACCGCCACAACAACCGCCACAACCACAUCAGCAACAUCAACAACAGUCAAUUAAUCGUCCAAAUGAUUUCAAUAAUAACGAUACACCGACACAACUAAAUACAACAAAUAAACUUAGUAUCUCUUCAAUUAAAUUAGAAGUUCCAGUGUUGAAUUUCACUAAUUCAACAAUACAAGAUAGUAGUAGUAUACAACAAAUUCAUCGAAAUAAAUUUCAUUGGACAUUGAAACGUCUGUGUAUGUGUAAAAAAAAACAUGAUUGGAAAUGGAAGAAUGUUACACAUAAACCGCAUAGUGAACAAUUAAAACAAUUAAGUUGGCAAAUUCUAUGGUAUAUAUUGACUACAACAUUUAUUAGUAUAUCAUUUGUUUGUUUUAUCGAAUGUGUACCAAAUAUUUAUGUUUAUACUUAUUGGGAUAAUUCAACAUUUCAGGAACUUGUAAAUCCUCCAUCAUUGGCUUCCUAUACUAUAUCAUUUUGGUUAAUUCUCAUUUAUCCAAUAUACCUCAUUAUAAAUUUCUUAUUUCAUUUGGAAGAAUUAACAAUCACUGAAAUGAUUAUGCAUCAUGCUAUUAUUGUAGCAAGUGAUCAACCGAAACUAAUGAAAAUUUUUAUUAGAUGUAGUGUACUUUCAUGUUUAUGGCAAAUAUUUAUACAUUGUUUUAUUCGUAGUCUACGCAUUAUCACACCAAUUGAUUGUGCUGCUAUUACAGCUGUACUACCAUGUUUUUUAUAUUUAUUAUGUUGGAUUAUUGUACAUAGACGAUUUUGUGCUUUACGAGUGAUCGCAUUCAUUUUGGCUUCCAGUGGUGUAAUUUUAAAUAUUUACAGUGAUCAAUUGGUGAUGUGGUAUAAAUGUUUAACUAGUUUGUCAAUAAUUACGUUUUCAUUAUUUAUAGUUGUUUUAAAACGUAUUACUAAUAAGCCUACUAUUGGACAAAUGGCUUGUUUUUAUUUCUCACUGGUGACCUCAACAGAAAUAAUAACUUGGAUUUAUUUACCAUGGGAUUAUUUUAUUGGUAUAGGAAUUUCAUAUUUAGGUAUCACUGUUUUUAUGGAUUUGAGUUGUCGUAAAUCGAAACGAGUCAUUCGAGCUAUUCAACCAUUAUGUGCUUUAUCCAUUUGUAUUGCUUAUGAAUUAUUUUGGAUGAAACGAAUAUUAAUCUUAUCAUCAGUACAAAUUUCAAGUUUUAUUCUCAUCACUAUAGCUUGUCUACUGAAUGCAUUUCCAACCAGUUGGCAAAAGCAUGUAACAAAACUAUUGAAAAAGAAUCGUUCACCAAAAUCACAACCACCUACAAGUAAACGUUCUAUAUGUUCUAUACAACAAAGAAAUAAAACUUCCAUGAUUAUAUCUUCAUCAGGUAGUACACCUGUAUCAAGUAUACAACGUUCAUCUAUUAUACAUGUGAAUCCUAUUCAUUCAAAUAUCAAUAACAAUAACAAUAGCCAUAACAAUUUGACAAUUCGUCCAUUAAGUGCUGGUUCAUUACGUCGUGGCAGUGUGAAUAAUAAUUCGUUAAAAACCACUAAACAUUAAUCUCUAUUAUUAUUUAAUUUUGAUUUUCACGAUUGAUUUCAUUUAUAACUGUAUUUAUUAAACAACAACGAUACUACUUACUAGUUGAAUAAAAGACAAAUGUGAAACUAUUUAAACCAACCAAUCAACCAACCAACCAACAAGACAAGAUAGAAUAUAUGAUGUAGAUAAUAAUAAUGGCAGGUUGAUUUGAAUUUUGAAUUUUGUGAUUAAAUGAACAACCAUUUUUAUUCUAUUCUAAUCUAUACAUACG